AUGAGAAAUCGCACAGCAAUAACCACAUUCAUUCUCCUGGGAUUGACAGAUGACCCACAAUUUCAAAUUCUUAUUUUUGUAAUUCUACUUGUCACCUACAUGUUGAGUGUUCUUGGAAACCUGACCAUCGUCAUUCUCACCAUUGUGGAUGCCCACCUCAAAACUGCUAUGUACUAUUUUCUGCAAAACUUUUCCUUCUUAGAAAUCUCAUUCACAUCUGCUACUAUUCCUAGAUAUUUGUACAGUAUAGCAACAGGUGACAGAACCAUUACCUAUAACGCUUGUGCAUGUCAAUUAUUUUUUGGAUACCUAUUUGGAAUAGUAGAAUUUUUUCUUCUGGCUACUAUGUCUUAUGAUCGUUAUGUUGCCAUCUGCAAACCCCUUCAUUAUACAACUAUCAUGAAUAGCAAAGUUUGCAAAAGACUUAAUACUGGCUGCUGGAUAAUUACACUGUUGAUUAUUUUUCCACCACUUUCCUUGGGACUUGGAGUGGAAUUCUGUAAAUCUAAUGUCAUUGACCACUUUGCCUGUGAUGCUAAACCUAUUCUGAAGAUUUCAUGCUCUGAUACAGAGCUCUUAGAGGAGUUAGUUCUUCUCUUUUCCACAUUUAUCCUGCUAGUGACUCUCUCAUUUGUGGUUUGGUCCUAUGGAAGUAUUAUCAAAACAAUUCUUCGAUUUCCCUCUGCUCAACAAAAGAAAAAGGCAUUUUCUACCUGUUCUUCCCACAUGAUUGUUGUUUCCAUAACUUAUGGCAGCUGUAUCUUUGUCUAUAUCAAACCUUCUGCAAAAGAUGACAUGACCCCUAAUAAGGCAGUAUCAGUAUUAACUACUUCCAUCUCCCCCAUGUUAAACCCCUUUAUUUAUACUUUGAGGAACAAACAAGUAAAACAAGCCAUGAACGAUUUAAUAAAAAAGUUACUUGGCUCAGGAAAUUAG